CUUCCUCCUUACCUUCCUACAUGUUGUGGUCACUGGUCAGCCCUUCGUAUAUAUCUUAUCCUUGUUUUCAUUUUUUCUACUUGCUACAACACAUCACAAACACACGCAUAAAUCCACAACAGCCUUUGAAGAAAUUAAGUAAUUUGUCUGCAUAGGCUUAUUGCAAAAUCGUUCAACAACUUUGUCUCAAUUUGUGCGAAAAACUAAUGGAAUUUACAAGUCUGCUGAAUACUUCAUUGGAUCUCAACGCAAAACCUCUUAGAUUUCUGGACGAAGCUCCUUCACCGAAACAAGAAGAGAAGGGUAAUUUCAUUGGGUUGGAUAGAAAUAUAACAGCAGUCAAAGAAGAGAGACUUGGUUUGAUAGAGGAGCUGAAGAGAGUGAGUGCUGAAAACAUGAAGCUGACAGAACUUGUCACAGUAAUGUGCGAGAAUUACACUCAGCUUCAGAAACAAUUGAUGGAGCACACAACCAAAAUUCCUCAAGUAUUGGAAAAUAAUAUUAGUAAAACAAGAAAGAGAAAAGCUGAAAGCAGCAUGAAUAAUGGAAACAAUAAUGAUAUUGGCCAAUCAGAAAGCAGCUCAAGCUAUGAGGAAUCAUCCAAGAAGCCAAAGGAAGAGCAUAAUAAUAUCAAACCCAAGAUUUCGCGUGUUUGCGUGCAAACCGAAGCAUCCGAUAAUACGAGCCUCAUUGUUAAGGAUGGUUAUCAGUGGAGAAAAUAUGGACAGAAAGUGACCAGGGACAACCCCUGUCCUAGAGCUUACUUCAAGUGCUCUUUUGCUCCUACUUGUCCUGUCAAAAAGAAGGUUCAAAGAAGUAUAGAAGAUCAAUCAAUAGUAGUUGCAACCUACGAAGGGGAGCACAACCACCCGGAGCCCACAACUCCCGCGUCCAAUCGGAACUUGACAGGUGGCAACACGGCGUCAAACCUCGCGAAGCCUAUCCAAGAGGAAAGUAGGUCGAAAUCGUUGCAACAAUACUUUAACUUGGUGGAGCAAAUGGCCUCCACUUUGACAAGUGAUCCUAACUUCAAAUCAGCCCUUGCAGCAGCCAUUUCUGGAAAGAAGUUUGAGACACACAAAUUAUAGAUAUAUUAUAUGUUUUAGGGGAUCACGCAUCUGUAUAUUUACUUAAUUUAUAUCACAAUUGAGAAUUAAUAUUCAUGUUGGUCGUAUAGGAACAAACAAUAGGAUAGGAUAUGCAUUAUUUUUUUAUUAUUAUUUUUCGCAAGAAUAAACUGAAACUGGAAUUCUAUUUUGUCCAUGCAUAUUUAGAGUGGGGCGAGAGAAAAACAAACAAAAUUGUAGGUGGUAUUGGUUGUAUUUGUUAAUGAAUUAUGAAUUGAGUGGAAACUAUUAGGUCAAUUUAUUCAUGAAAAAAAAUCAACACAAAUCAUUUAAUUGAGUAAUAUCUGUUGUUAGUGGGUGCGUUUGUUCUAGGCGAUCUUCUGGAUCUGUCCUCUCAAUAAAUUUGACUUUUGAGCUGUAUCCUCGGCUUUUGGGCUGUUUUCCAAUUGAAU